GAAUACCAUCGGGGCUACCGAGGUUGGGGCCCAGGAUCAGUUGUUUUCGGGCUGCUGGGAUUUUUUGCAUGAUCUUACAAUAUAACCGCCGUAUCAGGACGGAUCUGCAACUGAUCCGAACUGAUCCGCGGACAAAAAAUGGCGUCGCGGAUCAGUUGGGCCUCAGUUGCAAGGCUUCGGAAUCCCACCCGGACUAGCGAGGUUGAGGCCGCGGAUCAGUUGUUUUUGGGCUGCUGGGAUUUUUUGCAUGGUCUUGCAAGAAAACUGUCGUAUCAGGACGGAAAUGCAACUGAUCCGAAGUGAUCCGUGGGCAAAAAGUUGUGCCGCGGAUUAGUUGACUCGCAGGUGAUUUAUCUUCCUGCCAAAAGCCUGCUUCAUCAAUGGAAGUUCUGCACGACAAACAGCGAAGGUUUUCAGAUCAAGCUCUGCAUGACAAACAGCGAAGGUCGUGCGUGUUUUGCAUGACAAAGACAAAAGCCCGCUUCAAUGGGGAUUCUGCAUGACAAACAGCGAAGUGUUUCAAAUCCACACUUGAAGAAGAAGAGUACUACGAGGAGGAGGACUACGACCAGGAGGAAUAUGUGCGGAGAAUCUACUAGUUCUCUAGCCAAAUUUGUCAUGCGUUUUCACAAUUCCACGAUGGAUUUGUCAUGCGGAUUCUUACUAAAAGGAAAUUUUUGA